GUUUUCAGUCUGAAAACGAUAAUGAACGUUAGUUAUACGUAUGUUCCAUUUCUCACAUCGUUUUAAGUACAUGUCAGCAAUUUUUAAUCCUACUUCCCAUAAAAUUACCUGAGUGAUUAGAUUGUUACAAACAACUGCAAUUGUGGCAAUGUUAAGGCGAUGAAUAAUUUUAAAUAUAUACAUUGCAGGUUAAAUAAUAUUUUGCAUUUAAUAUACCCACGGUUCAAAAUUAUAAAUGCAUUCUAAAAUUGUUAGAGUUAUAAUUAUAAAUUUAAUUUAAAUCACACUACUUACUUGUGCUGUACAAUUUUGUUUAUUGAAGAUACUGUGCUUAAAAAGUGUCCAUCGCUACUCAAAGAAAAAAGGAACUUCGAAGUUAAACUUAAUAAAAAUCAAUCUAAACAGUUUUUCAUAACCGUUUGACUUCGUCUGUUAGUUUAGGUGAAAACUAUUUAAAUAUGUCUGGCGAAGAAACGUCUGCUGACCGAAAUGUAGAAAUAUGGAAGAUUAAAAAACUUAUUAAGAGUUUGGAAAUGGCUCGUGGUAAUGGGACAAGUAUGAUUUCUUUAAUAAUUCCUCCAAAAGAUCAAAUAUCUCGUGUUAGCAAAAUGUUGGCGGACGAAUUCGGAACAGCAUCAAAUAUUAAGUCUCGCGUAAAUCGAUUAUCUGUUUUAGGUGCAAUUACAUCUGUACAACAUAGGCUAAAAUUAUACACCAAAGUGCCUCCCAAUGGUUUAGUCAUCUAUUGUGGGACUAUUGUCACAGAAGAAGGAAAGGAAAAGAAAGUUAAUAUCGAUUUUGAGCCAUUUAAACCAAUUAACACAUCACUAUAUUUGUGCGACAAUAAAUUUCAUACUGAGGCUCUCACUGCCUUACUAGCUGAUGAUAAUAAAUUUGGUUUUAUUGUCAUGGAUGGAAAUGGUGCUCUUUUUGGUACUUUGCAAGGUAAUACGCGAGAAGUAUUGCACAAAUUUACCGUUGAUUUACCUAAAAAGCAUGGUCGGGGUGGUCAAUCUGCAUUGCGUUUCGCUCGACUGCGUAUGGAAAAGCGUCAUAACUAUGUACGUAAAGUAGCAGAAGUGGCGACUCAACUGUUUAUUACAAAUGAUAAACCGAAUAUCGCUGGUUUGAUACUAGCUGGCAGUGCAGAUUUUAAAACUGAAUUGAGCCAGUCCGAUAUGUUUGAUCCAAGAUUGCAAUCGAAAAUUAUAAAAUUAGUGGACGUCUCUUAUGGUGGAGAAAAUGGUUUCAACCAAGCAAUAGAGUUAGCUGCAGAAUCGCUACAAAAUGUCAAGUUCAUUCAAGAAAAAAAACUUAUUGGUCGCUAUUUUGAUGAAAUAUCUCAGGAUACAGGAAAAUAUUGUUUUGGGGUAGAAGAUACAUUACGUGCUUUAGAGCUAGGUUCCGUUGAAACUCUUAUAUGUUGGGAAAAUUUAGAUAUUCAACGUUAUGUUUUAAAAAAUCAUGCUAAUUCAACUUCGACUACUGUUUUACAUUUGACACCAGAGCAAGAAAAAGAUAAAUCGCAUUUUACUGAUAAAGAGAGUGGGGUUGAGAUGGAGUUAAUCGAAUCACAGCCUUUAUUGGAAUGGUUAGCAAACAAUUACAAAAUGUUUGGUGCUACGCUUGAGAUUAUUACAGAUAAAUCUCAGGAGGGCAGCCAAUUUGUUAGGGGAUUUGGAGGUAUUGGAGGUAUUUUACGAUAUAAAGUAGAUUUUCAAUCACUUCAAGCUGAUGAGCCUUUGGAGGAUGUUGAUCUCGAUGACUACUAAACAUUUAAUAUAAUUUUUUAAAUAAUAUAAUACAUACAGAAUAGCAUCUAAAUGUCAUGAUGCUAAAUAGGUUCAACUUACAUUUCGCUGAAAUUUUAUUUAGAAUCGCGUAAAUUUUAAAUAAAAUCUACAAAACAAAAAUUA